AUGGACUCUUCACAACCUGUUCUCCCGCCUAUGGGAGCUGCCCUUCCUGCAGCGUUAGCGUUCCGGAAGAAUCUGGUGUGCUACACUUCAGAUCCCAGCGUUUUGAUCGAAUAUCUGCAGCGUCUAAGACUGCCGUAUUGUCUUUGGGACGACUACGACUGCAUAGAUAUCAAGGAUAAGCCAGAAACGGGAACCGUGCUGGUCCUUCCAAACGUUGACAAAACGCUCAACAUCCAACAGGACAAACUGGCCCGGUUUCUACAAAAGAUGCGGACGCGACAAACGCCGUUUUUCACGGCAAUUGCCACUGUGUCGCCCGAGUUUGUGCCCUACGCCCACAUGACAGCUUAUUUAAAGCGCCAGUUUUGGUUUGCUUGCCAAGACGCACGGCCCCAAGAUCUGGUAGAGCUGGCCCACGAGGAACUCCCGCAAUUGAUGUCCGCACUUGGCCGGAUCCACGUACAUCCGUCCAUCAGACGUUAUGUCCUCGAUAUCAUAGUGCAUUUGAGGGUCCACAGGUUUGCCAAACAGGCCUCUGGUGGUGGCUGCAACGCCAAUGCGCUGCGUGACAUGCUCGAGUUGUGCCAGACGCUGGCUUUGGCCCAAGAACGCACAUUUGUCGUUCCUGAACUCGUCAAGCUGGCUGCCCACUGGUAUUUCCCGUUUCACCUCGAGCUCAUCCAAGAUCCCCGCCAUGAAAUUUCCCUCCAGUUUGGCUCAGACCCGGAUUUGAUCAGCCAGGUGCUGACCAAAUUGCAGAAUUUCUCUCUUGAGAGGUCUCAGGAGUCUCAUUACCCAUUGUACUUUCAACACAUGGUUCUCAGGGACGUUUUACGAAUAAUAGUCCCACCCAUUUAG